CCGGAUCUCGCCGAGCUGACAUGGCCGAAACCGCUCCCGUCGCCGCGCCCGAUGUCGCCGCCGCCGCCCCGGCCCCGGCCAAGGCUCCCGCCGCCAAGAAGCCGAAGAAGGCGGCGAGCGGCUCCAAAGCCCGCAAGCCCGCGGGGCCCAGCGUCACCGAGCUGAUCACCAAGGCCGUGUCCGCCUCCAAGGAGCGCAAGGGGCUCUCGCUCGCCGCGCUCAAGAAGGCGUUGGCCGCCGGCGGCUACGAUGUGGAGAAAAGUAACAGCCGCAUUAAACUGGGCAUCAAAAGCCUCGUCAGCAAGGGCGUCCUGGUGCAGACCAAGGGCACCGGUGCCUCCGGCUCUUUCAAGCUGAGCAAGAAACCCGGAGAAGGCAAGGAAAAAGCUCCGAAGAAGAAAACUGCUGCAGCCAAGCCCAAGAAGCCGGCGGCCAAGAAGCCCGCCAGCGCCGCCAAGAAACCCAAGAAGCCGGUGACCGCAAAAAAGAGCCCCAAAAAAGCCAAGAAGCCGGCGGCCGCUGCAGCCAAAAAGGUAGCCAAGAGCCCCAAAAAGGUGACAAAGGCUGCCAAGCCCAAAAAAGCGGCGGCAGCAGCCAAGAGCCCGGCUAAGGCGAAGGCGGUGAAGCCCAAAGCGGCCAAGCCCAAGGCAGCAAAGCCGAAAGCAGCCAAGGCGAAGAAGGCGGCACCCAAGAAAAAAUAGGUGGUGCGAAAAAACCCGUAUCUGCCUUGCAGAUAAACCCAACGGCUCUUUUAAGAGCCACCCAAGUUUUCACAAAAAGAGCUGGAACUCUAUUUUUUUAAGUGUCUUUUUCUUGUUAUCCGCGCGCAAUUAAAAGCUUUUUAUAUCUCCGUUGCUGUUGCUUUAAAGCGGACCUGGUGACUUCCUUGCGCUAUUGUUCUUUGCUCGUGCAGAGCGAUACGGCAGCGGAGCUCACCGCGGCACGUCUCAUUUAAAUAAAUAAUCCCCGAGCAAA